AUGACAUGUGUCGUUGAGGGGCAUCACGCGAAAGCGCAUGCCGCCACCUCACGGGUCCGGCAUUUGCCCCGGGCGCCUCUCCGACCCAGGCGCUGCGUGCCCCCACCCGCGCAACUCCUCGCCCCCGCCCGCGGGUUCGUGGGAGAGAGCGCGCAGGCACCAGUGGCGGGCGAGUUCCACUGCCACGACUUCGACCAUGAGGACCUCCGCGACGCCGCCUCUGCCCGACUCGCGGAGCAAGCACGCGAAAGGGACCGCGCCCUCCGCGAGGCCACCGCCGUGGCGCCCCCGCAGCCCGACGCCGCGUGGGAGGCGUUCCACACCACGCAGAACGCCGGCGCGCGCUUUUACAAGGAGAAGCGGUACAUCCCGCUGGCGUUCCCGGCGCUGCGGUGCGGCGCGCAGCCGCUGCACGUCCUCGAGGUCGGCUGCGGCUGCGGGUCCACGAUCCUCCCGCUCCUCCAGGCCAACGCCGGCAUGACUGCUACGGCGGUCGACCUCAGUCCCGCCGCGGUCGCCGCCACCGCGCGCGUCGCGGACGGCCUCGGGGUCGACCCCGGUCGCCUCACCGCGCUCGCCGCGGACGUCUCGGACGGGGCGUGCGCUGGGCGCGCGCGCCUCCUGGACGCGGGCGCGGGGGCGCACGACGCGGCCCUGAUGGUGUUCACGCUCAGCGCGGUGCCGCCGGCGCAGAUGCCGGACGCCGUGGACGCCGUGGCGGCGUGCGUGCGGCCGGGCGGGCUCGUGAUGGUGCGGGACUACGGCCUGUGGGACAUGGCGCAGCUCAGGUUCCACGGCCGGCAGCUGCGCGACGACGGCGCGUACGUCAGGCAGGAAGGCACGCUGGCGACGUUCUUCUCCGUCGAGCAGCUCGGGGGCCUGCUGCGGGCCGCGGGGCUGGAGGAGCGGGAGCUGGAGUACCACUGCGUGGAGAGCCGGAACCGGCGGCGGGGCACGACCCUACGGCGGGUGUUUGUGCACGCCGUCUUCCAGCGCCCCGAGCUGUGA